UUAAAAAAAGAAGUCUGAAUAUGGCUGAAAACAACAACAGAAUACAUCUUAAAUAUACACAUAGAAAGUUUUCAAUGCCAGGUUAUUUCAGUUUCUCAGUUUCCUAAUACUUUGAGCAGUACACAUUUCUCUUGAAGCCCUUCAAAUACUGCCCUGUGAAAUAUACAUUUGUUGGAAAUUACUGUAUUGUAUGCAAAGUGAGUGAGCAAAACCAAACUAGAUUAAUCACGAUGUAAAGUAUGCCAUCACAUUGCUUGCAUGAAGAGCGAGGAAUGAUCAUCUAACCUUGAAAGAGAAAAACCUAUUUUAGGUCAUACCUUCAAAAGGGCCUUUCUUUGUAGAUACCCAUUUUGGCCUAAAUCCUAACACUGAUCUCUAAGCAAGUGAAAACCAUAUGUAGUUAUUUGGGGACUCUCUGACAAGCAGGUUCCUUUUGCUGAGAAUCACAUUUCUUGUCUGAAAACUCUCUUGUGUGUAUAUAUUUCUUGUGGUUUUUCUCUAUUACUGUUCUAAACCAUGCUAUACUUGGACGAUUCUGACACUUCCUUUGUCUUACUAGAAAACAGACACGAUGGGAGACUAAGGGCAUUAUCACAGCAGCAGCUUCAUCUGCCAUCAGUGAGCAUGCUCUCUCCUUGGAGCAGACUCAGUAGCAGCAAGUGAGAAAAAAGGAAGUCACAGGGACAGAACGGUGAAUUGAGCAGACAGAAAAAGGUGAAAUGACAGAAGAAAAGGAGGAGCAAACGAAGGGCAAAAUGCCUCCAGGUGAGGUAGAUGCCAAGACAGAUGCUAAACUCAUCCUCUAUCACUGGACGCAGUCCUUCAGCUCUCAAAAGGUUCGUUUGGUGAUUGCUGAAAAGGGACUGAAAUGUGAAGAGCAUGAUGUAAGCCUUCCACUGAGUGAACACAAUGAGCCCUGGUUUAUGCGAUUAAAUGCAUCUGGAGAAGUUCCUGUGCUCAUUCACAGAGACAACAUUAUUUGUGAUGCCAACCAGAUUAUUGAUUACUUGGAAGAGACAUUUACAGAUGAAAAUACCCCAAGGCUAAUGCCAGAAGAAGGAAGCAUGUACUAUCCAAGGGUUCAGCACUACAGGGAACUCUUGGAUUCUUUACCCAUGGAUGCCUAUACACACGGCUGCAUUUUGCAUCCUGAAUUAGCAGUGGACUCUUUGAUCCCAGCUUAUGCCACAACUCGGAUUCGAAGCCAAAUAGGUAAUACCGAGUCUGAGUUGAAGAAACUUGCUGAAGAAAACCCUGAUUUGCAAGAUGCAUAUAUAGCAAAACAAAAACGUCUCAAAUCAAAAUUGAUGGAUCAUGAUAACAUAAAAUACUUAAAGAAAAUAUUGGAUGAACUGGAAAAAGUUCUGGAUCAAGUUGAGACUGAGUUGCAGAGAAGAAAUGAAGAAACACCAGAAGAUGGGCACCAACCUUGGCUCUGUGGCCAGUUUUUCAGCUUAGCUGAUGUAUCCCUUGCUGUUACAUUGCAUCGCCUGAAAUUCAUCGGACUGGCAAGAAGAAACUGGGGGAGUGGAAAACGACCUAAUUUGGAAGCUUAUUAUGAGCGUGUCUUGAAGAAAAAAACUUUCUACCGGGUUUUAGGACAUGUCAACAACAUAUUAAUCUCUGCAGUUCUUCCAACUGCAUUUCGGGUUGCCAAGAAGAGGGCGCCCAGAGUUUUGGGCACUACAUUUCUAGUUGGCUUAUUGGCAGGAAUUGGGUAUUUUGCUUUCAUUACUCUUCGGAAGAGAUUUCCUAACAUGCUGUUCUCACUUAGAGUGAGGCCAAGCCCUCUGUAGAUGAGUCUUUGCCCAUCCUUCCAACAACAUCACAAAUAAGUUGAUCUGAGGAACAAUGUACAUUGAUGUAUAUUAUUUAUUAUUUUCCUGUUUUUUGCUAAAAUGUGGUUUCAGUGGAGAGAUAAUGAUAUAAGUUAAAUACUGAAGGAAAAUGAGAUAGUUGCUUAGAUUUUGAAUGCUGGAAACAGAACAACACUAUGGAAUAGCACUUUCUCAUCUCCACGUACCUCUGAAGUGAUAUAAAAAACUGUGGAGAGAGACCUGGCCUGAUAGCUCCACUUCUGCAGAACUCCUUUCAGUGUUGGCUUUUGAUUCCCACAUCCCAGCAACACUCUCCCAUGGAACUCAAUGAGCUCCCUUCUGUUCCCAGUACCGAAGAUCCAAGUCAACAUAACUUAUACCCCAGAUUGCCAACUUUAUAACCACAUCCAAUAAGAAAAAAAGAGGAUAUCUUAUUUUUACAAAAGCAUUCCCUAACAUUUUAUUACAUAUGGUCAUUUGAAAAUUUCACAUUUUUAACGUUCAAAGCGGCCUGUCCUCUUCUAAUAUGCCAUUAGGAAUAUAUUGCAUAAUUGUGAUUGCCAUUCAUAUUUGUUUUAUAAGGAGAAGGAGAUUACAGUCUGUUAAAUGUAUGGUUUGUUACACUGUUGUUGGGUUUAUGUUCUUAAAAGACUAAUUACUGAAAUUUAGCUUUCUAAAGCCACACAUGUUUAAAUCACACUUGGAAGCACAUGGCAAGUAUUGGUGGACAGUUUUCUGAUAUCAAAGGCACAAACAGCCAUUUGGCAAAGCAUGACAUUUCUGCAGAUUAUCUAUGAGGAUUAGAUAGAUUAAAGAAUUUUUGGGUAUUAAUUAAUCCUUGCACAGAAAUGUUAUGUACCACAAAUUCAUUCAAAAGUACUGUGCAUCACACACUUGAUAUUGUGAUAUAAAUUAUCAUUUUUUUCUUUACUGCAACCAUAUUUUUGUGCCUGUGUAUGAAUGUAUUCCAUGAUGUGCCUCAGAAAGUACCUUAUCUGCAACUAUAUCUUUAUGAAAAAAUGUAAACAAAAUAGUAUCUGAUGAGCUCUCAUUCUGGCAUUUUAUGUUGUGGGGUGGUGCAGGCAAUUAAAAUUAGUCUACCAAACAGAAGUGUGGUUGUUGUACAGAGAGGUCAGAAUGGAGCUACUGUAUUAACUGCACCAGCGUGCUAGUUUAAAGAGACUAAACAAAAUAAGGAUUUUUGAAACAAAUUUUUAAACUGCCAAACCAACUAUCCAUUGAAAAGAUAUGCCUGAAUUAAUUAUAAUUACUUAAUAGAGUUAAUUCUUUGAGGUCAACAGUGUGUGUAAGUGCCUUAAAGAUGACUCCAUACAUUUCAUAGGAUUUUCUUAGUCAAAGAAUAUUCAGAAGGGUUUUUGCCAGUUCCGUUUUCUAAAAUAGUGUUUCUCAAACUUUGCUCCUCCAGGUGUUUUGGAUUUCAGCUCUCAGAAAAUCAGCUGUUAGGAAUUGUAAGAGCUGAAGUCCAAAACACCUGGAGGAACAGAGUUUGAGAAAUACUGCUCUAAAAUAUCACCUACUGCACCUAGUAUCCGUUGACGGUCUCCUAUCAAAGUACUAACCAGAGCUGACCCCACUUAGCUUCCUAGCUAAGACAGGAUCUGGUGCCUUAUCAGAUCAAGCCAAACAUUUUAAUGAUUACCAUUGCCUUGGCUGACAGAGAUGACUAUUUAGCUGGGAUUAUUGUUUCUGUCAUUGCCCUAUGGUCUAAAUCUGAUGCUGGCUUAGUCUUCAGUCUCAUCUCCCAGCAACCCUAGAGGUGGAGAACUUUUCUGUUGGCUCAUUGGAUCUGUUGACUCAUUGGAAAAAUCAGUGGGUGGCCACAACUAACUAUAAGCCAGAUCCUGAUCUCAUGUGGGCAGAGUUUGCAGCACCGUGCCUUCUCUUCAAUCAUACAGACACACACUGUAAGAACAAGCAGUUUCAAGGCAGGGAAGUACUUCAAGACACUAUCAAUGAAUACCAGGUGUGUAGCCUAUAUUUCAGAUAAACCACCUCUGAGUAUUCAUUGUCUAAGAAAGCCCUAUGAAAGUCAUGGAACGGUCAUAAGUAGGAAGGCCAUCUGAAGGCACAUAUGACCUAAUACAGAUUCUGAGGCAGGCUUCUUCAAUCUGUGUUUCUCCAUGCGUUUGGGACUUCAGCUCCACAAAUUCCUGACCAUUGAACAAGCUGGUUAGAGCUUUUGGGAGUUGGAGGCCCAAAACACCUGGAGGGCUGCAGUUUGAAGAGGCCUGCACUAAGAGUUUGUCCAUAAUAUUCAGAGAGUUGCACAGUUUAAGAACAUUUUAAAUUUUCUCCUUGAAUUCUAGCAGAUCUUUUAAAGUAGUGAUUCUCAACCUGUGGGUCCCCAGGUGUUUUGGCCUACAACUCCCAGAAAUUCCAGCCAGUUUAGCAGUUGUUAGGAUUUCUGGGAGUUGAAGGUCAAAACAUCUGGGGACUCACAGGUUGAGAAACAUUGUUUUAAGACUUCUUUACUCCUUGUUGACUGCACCAAGGGUUGCAUCAUGUGUGAAAUACCUACCGCAGACAAAUAAAUGUCAAAACAAUGUUUAUAUAUCCUAUGACAUCAGUUCAAAUGCAUGAUGUACUGGGGGUGUGAAUUAGCCUUAAGCAUUUUGGCCAUGAUUGAUUGUUUCUAGAUAUAUACAAUUACUUGUUAAUUUUCUCAUCUUCAACACUGUGGAAAAAAACUGGCAAAUGCCAUGAUAUGUUUUUGUUCUUACAUAACUUGAAAACACCAGCAUGUGUUCAUCAGUACAACAAUAGCAAAGGAAACUGAGUUUUGUAUAAAAUCAUUGUACUUUGCAUAAACGUACAGAUAGUGUAAUGGAUAUCAGGCAAUGUCUUGCACACACACAAAAAACCCUUGCUAAAUCUUGUGGAACAAAAUUCUGAAAUAUGAAAAAUCAGAAAUGUGUAAAAAUUGGUUAUUUUACUGAUUGUGGAGAAAACUGAGAUUUUCUCUAAAUGCAAGUAUUAAAUAAAUGAACUCAUGAUUCAAA